AAGAAGCCAUUGAGGCCGACGGUGAGGCUGGGCAGAGAGGAAGCCCCGGGUUCCGAGGACGAGGACUCAGCUUCUGAGGAACUGUCCGAGGAUGAACACGAAUACUACGAUCACGUGGAGGUGGACGAGGAGGAUGAGAGGGCGCUGCAGCUGUUCAUGUCGCGCGAGACGCCGGCGCGCCGUGACCUGGCGGACAUCAUCCGCGACAAGCUCACCGAGAAGCAGACUGAGAUCGCGACGCAGCUCGACGAUGGCGCCAGCAUAGAGAUGUCUCAGCUGGACGACCGAGUCGUACAGAUGUACCGCGGCGUGCGAGACAUCCUGUCUCGAUAUCGCGGCGGGAAGCUGCCAAAGGCAUUCAAGAUCAUACCCUCGCUGACGAAUUGGGAGCAGAUUCUCUACAUCACGGAGCCGGAUAAUUGGUCAGCCGCCGCCAUGUACCAGGCCUGCCGCAUAUUCGUCUCCAAUCUCAACGCGAAGAUGGCGCAGAGGUUCUUGCAACUGGUGCUGCUGCCAGAGGAAGAUGCGGAGAAUAAGCAGAGUACAAGGCGGCUCAACUCCACCUGUAACAUGGCUUUGAAGAAGUCCCUCUUUAAACCAGAGCAGCUUUCUACAAAGGGUGUCCUCUUGCCACUAUGCGAGGGGUCUACCGUGCCGGCAGUGAACAAAGUAGAGCCGCGCUUCGUUUACCACAGUGCCGACCCGCUGACCCCAGGCAGUCAACAGCCUGCUGACGUUCAUGCAGCGCUACAAGUAACACUCUUUCUCUCUCUCUCUCCUGCAUGUGCGCGUGCGGUGUGUAGGUUCAGGACGGACCGGCGACAGCUGCCCGUGCUGUGGCACCAGAGCCUGCUGACGUUCAUGCAGCGCUACAAGGAAGACCUGUCUACGGAGCAGAAGGAGCAGCUGAGGGAGCUGCUACGCGCGCAGACGCGCGAGCCGCUGACGUCAGAGAUACGCCGCGAGCUCGCACACGCGCGCUGCCGCGACACCGAGACAGCAGACAUGCAGAUGGAGUGAAGGACAGCGAGGUGUGGAUAGCGUGAGGGACACAGACAUGUAGAGUGAGAGACAGCAGACAUGUAGACAGAGUGAGGGACACGGAGAUGUAGAGUGAGGGACAGAGAUGUAGACAGAGUGAGGGACACAGAGAUGUAGAGUGAAGGACAGAGAUGUA